UAUGGGGAUGGCAAAGGGCAUUUGGGUGAGAACAGGGAAAGCCUGGGAGCAGCUGCUGUGCAUGGGCCAUGCCUCUGGGGCCUCCACCAGAGGCCCAAGGCCCCCGGUUCCCCCUUGACAGCUCUGGAGGGGAGUCCCCCCAUCCUGGGACCUUGACCCUUCUGGCCCAGCCACGGGGGUCCCUGGACAUCUUGGGGCAUUUCCUUCCUCUGCCAGCCUUAGGCUGGCUAGCUCCCUCUCCAGGCCCCUAUCCUUUGGCUCAGGCUGGGGGUUGGGUCUUCAUCCCUUACCCUUACAGAGGGCAGCCCGUCUGCAGUUUAGCCUCAUCAUAGAUGUGGGCAAAUAGAGGUCCCCUCUCCACAGUCAGCCAUUCUCCCAUCCCUUUUGUCCUAGAGUCCCCCUUACACCUCCCCAGCACCUCAGAGGACAUCACAAAUGACCCCUGUGGCUCCAGAGUGAUGUCCAAGUGGGUACUACUCAGGCAGAAGGGCCAGUUUUUCUGGCAAGUUCUUUUGGCCAAGUGAUUGAGCUAGCAUGUAAGGCCCCACGAACCUUAGUACAGGGUCUCAGGUCGCUGUGCGCAGGUAUAGGGCUGGGGUCCAGGGCAUGGAGGGAUGCAGGGCCAGCUUUGCCUGUGCCCACCCUCCCUGCCAGGCUCUUGCAGCCAGAUCCAGGGGCAGGGUGGGGCAUUGACCUGCAAGAGCAACAUGGGGCCUCAUGCGCCAUCAAUGCUUGGGCCCCCAGAGGGCUCCUGGGCAGGGAGCACCCAACUGGGGGCACAGCUCAAACGAAGGCCCUAAGGAGAGCUUGGGUAUUGAGGUGAAAGGCUCUGGCCUGAGGGACCUUUAGGGGAUCUGAGGGCAACUUGGCCUCAGUUUCCUUGCAUGUGACUCAGGGGAUGACUGUGCCUCUCACAGUGACUGCUGUGGGGACACCAAGUACAGUUGUGGGUCUGUGUCAAGCCUAGUGAGGCUGGGGCAUGUAGACCAGAGCCUAGAGUGUUAGCAAUCUGGGGAAAUUGAGGCCUGUUCAUACCUGGGCAUUCUGCCCAAGUCCCAGGUACCCAGCCCUGGGGCACUCUGGCCAGUGGGGUGGUGUUGACAGCGCCUGUGGCUGCUACGCCCCAUUCGGUAAUUCUCCUGCACUGCCAGUAAUCACCCUGGCUUACCAGGCAUCAUUUCCUGAAAGUCAGCCCAGGCUGAGAGGAAGUAGGCGCAGCGCUGACUAAACUGACAUGCAAAUACAGCCGGGCAGAGCUUGGCUGCCUCUGUCUGACCUGACAGACGCGAUGCUGGAGCCACUGGAGCCACGGCCAUUGCCAUGAGGGACCCACUCUCCAGCGGCUCUUCCAGGGGGACCCAGGGCCCCCCACGUGCCACGACCAUGUCCCAGCUACGGUUCUGGCUGCAGUUUGGGGCUCUCAACAAGGAUUCUUCGUACUUCGAGGAUCUCUCCAAUGCCUCCAUCUUCUCCUCCUCUGUGGACUCCCUGUCGGACAUCGUGGACACGCCUGACUUCCUGCCAGCUGACAGCCUUAGUCAGGUACCCACCAUCUGGGAUGUGAGCACCGCCUCAUCUGCCCAUGACAAGCUAUUCCUGCCUAGUGGGCCGUUUCCAGGCCUUGAGGAAACUGCGCCCUCCCUCCCCAGCACCCCACUUCUUGUCAGCUACCAGUCGCAGAGUCAGCCCGAGGAGGAAGACGAGGCAGAGGAGGACGAGGCAGAGGAGCUGGGCCACACUGAGACCUAUGCCGAUUAUGUGCCUUCCAAAUCCAAGAUUGGGAAGCAGCACCCUGAUCGUGUCGUGGAGACUAGCACGCUGUCCAGCGUCCCACCCCCAGACAUCACCUAUACCCUGGCCCUGCCCUCAGACAGUGGAGUUCUGUCUGCCCUGCAGCUGGAGGCCAUCACCUAUGCCUGCCAGCAACAUGAGGUCCUGCUCCCCAGUGGGCAGAGGGCAGGCUUCCUUAUUGGCGAUGGGGCUGGCGUGGGUAAGGGCCGCACAGUGGCUGGCGUCAUCCUGGAAAACCAUCUGCGCAGCAGGAAGAAGGCACUGUGGUUUAGUGUCUCCAACGACCUCAAGUAUGAUGCAGAGCGGGACCUGCGUGACAUCGAGGCACCUGGUAUCCCAGUACAUGCACUCAGCAAGAUCAAAUACGGUGACAACACUACCUCAGAGGGCGUCCUCUUCGCCACCUAUUCUGCCCUGAUUGGGGAGAGCCAGGCAGGCGGGCAGCACCGCACACGCCUCCGGCAGAUCCUCGACUGGUGUGGGGAGGGCUUCGAGGGCGUCAUCAUUUUUGAUGAAUGCCACAAAGCAAAGAAUGCCAGCUCCACCAAGAUGGGCAAGGCUGUGCUGGACCUGCAGAACAAGCUGCCCCUGGCCCGGGUGGUCUACGCCAGCGCCACAGGUGCCUCUGAGCCCCGGAACAUGAUCUACAUGAGCCGCCUGGGCAUCUGGGGUGAGGGCACGCCCUUCCGGACCUUUGAAGAGUUCCUGCAUGCCAUUGAGAAGAGGGGUGUGGGCGCCAUGGAAAUUGUGGCCAUGGACAUGAAAGUCAGCGGUAUGUACAUCGCACGUCAGCUCAGCUUCUCCGGUGUCACUUUUCGCAUCGAGGAGAUCCCACUGACCCCAGACUUUGAGCACGUCUACAACCGCGCAGCCCUGCUGUGGGCCGAGGCUUUGGGCGUGUUCCAGCAGGCAGCUGACUGGAUAGGUCUGGAGUCACGCAAGUCCCUGUGGGGCCAGUUCUGGUCAGCCCAUCAGCGAUUCUUCAAGUACCUGUGCAUUGCUGCCAAGGUGCACCGGCUGGUAGAGCUGGCCCUUGAGGAACUGGCUCAAGACAAGUGCGUGGUCAUUGGGCUACAGUCCACAGGUGAGGCGCGGACCCGAGAAGUGCUAGGGGAAAAUGAUGGGCACCUGGACUGCUUCGUCUCAGCUGCUGAAGGCGUUUUUCUGUCACUAAUUCAGAAGCACUUUCCCUCAACCAAAAGGAAGCGGGACAGAGGAGUGGGCAGUAAGCGAAAACGGCGGCCACGGGGACGUGGAGCCAAGGCCUCCAGGCUGAUGUGUGAGGCAGCAGGCGUGAUCCGCAUCAGUGACGACAGCAGCACCGAGUCAGAUGCUGGCCUGGACAGUGACUUCAACUCCUCCCCGGAGUCCCUAGUGGACGAUGAUGUAGUCAUCGUGGACAGCAUAGGGCUCCCCAUGGAUGACCAAGGGCCCUUAUGCCCCACUCAGAGGGACCCACAUGGCAUUGGCGUCCUGGAGCGCGUUGAGCGGCUGAAGCAAGACUUGCUGGCUAAAGUGCGGCUGCUGGGCCAAGACCUGCCAGUUAACACUCUGGAUGAGCUGAUUGACAAGCUGGGCGGUCCCGAGCGGGUGGCAGAGAUGACUGGCAGGAAGGGCCGCAUCGUGUCCAGGCCCGAUGGGACGGUGGCCUUCGAGUCACGGGCAGAGCAGGGCCUAUCCAUCGACCAUGUGAAUCUCAGGGAGAAGCAACGCUUCAUGAGCGGCGAGAAGCUCGUGGCCAUCAUCUCGGAAGCCUCCAGCUCGGGCAUCUCACUUCAAGCCGACCGCCGUGUCCAGAACCAGCGACGCCGUGUGCACAUGACGCUCGAGCUGCCCUGGAGCGCGGAUAGAGCGAUCCAGCAAUUCGGCCGCACCCACCGGUCCAACCAGGUCUCAGCUCCCGAGUAUGUCUUCCUCAUUUCCGAGCUGGCUGGGGAGCGCCGGUUUGCCUCCAUCGUGGCCAAGCGCCUCGAGAGCCUGGGCGCCCUGACCCACGGAGACCGCCGGGCCACGGAGUCUCGGGACCUGAGCAAGUACAAUUUUGAAAACAAGUACGGCAUCCGGGCCCUCCAUUGCAUCCUCACCACCAUCCUGAGUCAGGUUGAGAACAAGGUGCCAGUGCCCCAGGGCUACCCAGGAGGAGUUGCUGCCUUCUUCAGGGAUAUGAAGCAGGGCCUGCUUUCAGUCGGCAUUGGAGGGCGAGAGUCCCGCUCUGGCUGCCUUGAUAUGGAGAAAGAUUGCUCCAUCACUAAGUUCCUGAACCGCAUUUUGGGGCUAGAGGUGUACAAGCAGAAUGCGCUUUUUCAGUAUUUUUCUGACACCUUCGACCACCUCAUAGAGGCAGACAAGAAGGAGGGCAAAUAUGACAUGGGCAUCUUGGACCUGGCUCCUGGCAUUGACGAGAUCUACGAGGAGAGCCAGCAGGUGUUUUUGGCCCCUGGACACCCACAGGAUGGGCAGGUGGUCUUCUACAAGAUCAGCGUGGACAGAGGCCUGAAGUGGGAGGAGGCAUUUGCCAAAGCGCUAGAGCUGACUGGUCCCCACGAUGGCUUCUACCUCUCAUACAAGGUUCGGGGCAACAAGCCCAGCUGCCUCUUGGUGGAACAGAACCGUGGCAAGCACUUCACCGUGUACAAGCCCAACAUUGGCCGGCAGAGCCAGCUGGAGACCCUGGACAGCCUGUGCCGCAAGUUCCACCGUGUCACCCCAGAGGAGGCCAAGGAGCAUUGGGAGAGUAACUACGUCUACUCGCUGACCCACUGCAGUCACACUGCGUGGAAUCGGCACUGUCGGCUGGUGCAGGAGGGCAAGGACUGCUUGCAGGGCCUGCGGCUACGGCACCACUACAUGCUGUGUGGGGCACUGCUGCGUGUGUGGGGCCGCAUUGCUGCAGUCAUGGCAGAUGUCAGCAGCAGCAGCUACCUGCAGAUUGUGCGUCUGAAGACCAAGGACAAAAAGAAGCAAGUGGGCAUCAAGAUCCCUGAGGGCUGUGUGCGCCGUGUGCUCCAGGAGCUGCAGCUGAUGGACUCCGAUGUCAAGCGUAGGCGAGCACGUGUCAGGGGCCUCCCUGCCCCACCCAUACUGCAGGAGCUCCCAUUGCCCUGUGGCCCCAGCGAGGUGCUGGACCUGACCUACAGCCCACCGGCUGAGGCCUUCCCACCACUCCCGCACUUCUCCUUUCCCCCACCGCUACCUCUGGACCCCAACUCUGGGGGGCUGCUGCUGGGCACCCCACAUGGCCCCUCUGACCCCGCGGCCCUGGCGCAUCAGGGCUGUGACAUCAACUUCAAAGAGGUGCUAGAGGACAUGCUGCGCUCCCUGCACUCAAGCCCUGCUGAGGCCCCAGGCCCACUGGUGGAGGGCGCAGGAGUAGUGGGAGGUGGGGGUGCCGAGAGGCGGAGCGUCAUCCAGUUCACCCCGCCCUUCCCUGGGACCUAGAUGGCAUCCUUCGUACCUACCUUUAUUGUAACAUGCCCACUUACCAGGGACAGUUCUCUUCUACCGUGGCCUCGCCACAGUGCCUUCCCCAACUGGCCCCCACCAUCGCAGGUCUGGUGGGACCACUGGUAGAUGAUGUUGGCCCUGCAGCCCUGGGGCUGCUGCUGUGUGCAAGGCCCCACUCAGGACCCCUAGGAAGCCAGGGCACUGCAGCAGGGCUGGGAGUGAAGGCCAGAAAUCUGUGCCUCUCUAGACCCAGGGCCUCCAGCUUUACCCCACCCACCUACAACGGCUGGCCAGGCCCCAACCGGUGAAAUCUGAGUGGUCCCAAGAGCUAGAAACUCAGGAAACCCCAGGUGCUUAGGGCCCCGCUGUCUGGGGGCCUCUGUGGGGCAAACCCCCGUUAAUAUAUGCAAUUCCUCCACCCCCACACCACUUUGCUCCCUAAAUUAUUGCCUGUUUGCCUCUCCCAGGUCCCAGAAUCUGCCAGAGGAGCUUGGGGUAGGGUGGCCCUUUGGUUUCUAUGUGUAUUUAUAAUGAACUCUAAUGUAUAUAUGUAAAGAUACCUUUUUUAAAUAUAUGUGCCUUUUGCCUACUUCCCAUAUUGUCUGCUCCUCUGGCCAGCUUGUGGGGGACAGUGGGAAGGGUGGGGACUAAAGCUUGCAGAACCCUGCCCACUGCAGAUGCCUUGUUACAAGU